GCCAGGAUCGCGCCUGCGCAGUGCGGGUCUCUGGGUACGCCGGGUUUUUAGCCGAGGCGGAUCAUCUGACUCCCUGCAUUGCAGAUCUGCUGCGUCCAACGGAGCCAUGUUGUGCGCUCUGCUCCUCCUGCCUGUCCUCCUGGGCGCGGCUCUGGCUGACCCUGUGUUCAAAAAGGAAUGCGCGAAGGGUCCCGAGGUCUGGUGUCGGGAUUUGAAGACAGCAUCUGAGUGUGGGGCUGUCCAGCACUGCCGGCAGGUUGUUUGGAGCAGGCCUACCGUGAAAUCUCUCCCCUGUGAAGCCUGUAAGCAGGUGGUUACAUUAGUUGAGAACCUUUUGAAACAAAAUGGCACCGAGGCUGAAAUUGAGGGUUACCUGGAGAAGGAGUGUGAGAUGCUUCCUCAAGAGGAUUGGGUAUCUAAAUGCAAGGAGAUAAUGGCGUCCUACCUACCAGUCAUCAUCAAUGCACUUGAAGGGGAAAUGAGCAAUCCUGAUGAGGUGUGUAGCGUCCUCAUGUUUUGCCGGUCCCUUCAGAGACAUCUGGCUACUCUGAGUCAGCAUCAGCAGGAACUGGAAUCCAACUCGAUCUCGGAAGCGGGCAUGUCUGAUAUGGUGGCUCCCUUCAUGGCCAAUGUCCCCCUCCUCCUUUACCCUCAGGGCAAGACCCAGAAGUCCUCUCAGCCAAAGGCUGGAGAGGAUGUGUGCCAAGACUGUGUUCGGUUAGUGACAGAUGUUCAGAAUGCUGUGAAGACCAACUCCAGCUUCGUCGAGUCCUUAGUGGACCAUCUCAAGGAAGAGUGUGAUCGCCUUGGGCCUGGCAUAUCUGACAUGUGCAAGAACUAUAUCAGCCAGUAUUCUGAUAUUGCUGUCCAAAUGAUGAUGCACAUGGAUCAGCAACCCAAGGAGAUCUGUGGCUAUGCUGGGUUCUGUGCAGGGAAGGAGAUGCCUCUGCAGGCCCUGGUCCCGGCUCACGUGGCCGCCACCAACGUGAUGAUCACCCCUGCGCUGGAGCUGGUGGAGCCAGUCAAGAAGAACUUGGUUCAGAUGAAGGCUGGUCCUACUUGUGAGCUGUGCCAAUAUGUUAUCAAAGAGAUCAUCAAAUUGCUGGAGGGCAACAAGACGAAGGAGGAUAUGAUUCAUGCCGUCGAGAAAGUGUGCUCCGUGAUCCCCAAGUCCAUGGCCGAGGAGUGCCGAGACCUGAUAGAGUCCUACGGCCCGGCCAUUGUGGAUCUGCUCCUGGAUGAGACGAGCCCUCACUUGAUUUGCAGCUUGCUUAAACUUUGCCAAAACAAAAAGUCAGCUAACAUAGCCAGGCUUCAAAGUGGUGUCUUCUGUGACAUGUGCAAAAAGAUCGAUGGGUAUUUGGACCAGAACCUGGAUAAGAACAGCACCAAGGCCAUGAUUCUCUCUGCCUUUGAGAAGGCUUGUAGCAUGUUGCCAGGCGUUUACAAGGAUGAGUGUGACGCGUUUGUGAAGGAGUAUGAGCCGGUCCUGAUCGCAGCCCUGCACGAUGAGAUGAACCCUGAUUCUCUGUGUCUGAAAGUUGGAGCUUGCCCCAAAGCUCCUGCUAAGCCUCUGUUGGGAAGGGAGCAGUGUGUCUGGGGCCCAAGCUACUGGUGUAAGAACAUGGAGACAGCUGCUCAGUGCAAUGCUGUUGAGCACUGCAAGCGCCACGUGUGGAAUUAGAGAGCCCUUCUGUCUUGGAGACGUUGCAACUUCUUUCCUGUUUGUGUGUCUGGGGGAAGGGAACAUACAGAUCUGAUUUUUUUUUUUCCCCUGUUUUUGAAUGAGCCCACGUCCUCUUCUUCCUCCAUCCCAUCACUCUUGUGUUCCAUUUGUCCCUCAUUGCCAUGGGUCUAAAAGGCACCAUAUUUGGCCACAUUGCCAUGCUCCCCACCCCCCUGCCCCUGCUAGAUGAAUGACGUGCCAUGAAUGCAUCGUGGACCUGAGUAUGGAUGGGAUGGUGGGAGCCUGUGGAUGGAGAUGGCAGCUUGGCCCGACCGCAUCCUCAGACAACCACUGGUGGUCUCAUCUGGUUUGCAACAUCUGAUUGGUUAGUUGUGUUUAGAACUGUCCUGGCCUGAGGCUGUCAGAGCCCCUCACCCUAUUCCAGGAUGGUCCUCUUGGCCUGUUGGCUGCCUUAUUAGUGGCAGGAGAAAGGCGUGCAGGAAUUCAGAGCCUUCUUGUUUUUUUUUGAACUAGUUUUCCCACAGUGUGGAAGAGCCCCAGUCUCCUCAUUGGAAGAAGCUGCUUUUGACUGAGGAGGAGAGAGGUGAGGCUUUGAUUUGCCCUAGCCAGAUGGAGGCGGUCCAGCCUCAGUUUAGUUUCUUUGAAGACUCUUAUCCUUAGGGUGUAGCUUGCUUCUGUUCUCUAUUUCUUUGUGAUACUUUUCUUGAACCUUCGCUUUUUGAAGUAGAUUUGGGGAAGUUGGAUAGGGCUGUAACGGGCUGUGUAAGGGUGGGCUGCUCUUUGGGGUGUGUCUGGGGGGUGGGGGGAGACAUUUGGGACUUGUUUCUUCUGAGACCCCAAAGGGUGCAGUGACCAUAGUGGUGCUUGCUUAGUACAAGGCCAAGGAGGCCAGAGAUGAGCAGUUCUGAGGGGUCUUUGUGUCGGUGCUGUGUCUUAGCGUUGCGAGCACGCACAUGCCGCUUGGGGUCCCUGCUAGAGUCCUUUCUUAGAGGUUAUUUCUUAAUUAUUAUAUUUUUAAAUUAACAUGGGUGACAAAGUCCUGCUUUUCUUGCUUCCUAGUAGAAAUGUGGCUGACCCACCUGAGUGCCAGUUUCUUCCUUGUUACCAAAUGUAGGCUGGGCCUCAGUUUCUCCUCUUGUGACAGCAGCUUUUUCUCUACCUUAUGUGUUCAGGGAGUCUAGAUGUGUUGCUGUUGUUAAAUGGACUAAAUGUUGAUGAUUUUUGUUUUGUUCUGGUUUUGCCUUAAAGCUUUCUGUAAUGAACAAUAAAAGUUACAGUAAAUUGAA